UGUUGUGUUUCAACUAGACUAGACAGUCUGGGAAUAUUUUCCCAUUGAAAUGUAAUGGUUAAGACCAAAGGCAAAAUUAUUGUAGUGGAAAUUGUUCAUAGUGUUAUAAAUAAGCAACUAUUACUGUUUUUAUUGAUUUAAAGUACAUAUUAAUGCCUUGAACCAAGAACACAGUAGGUCACCUGUUCUGCUAAAUAGGAUGGAACAACAAAACUCAGAAGAUUCUACGGCACCACAAACUGUCAGAUGCUCAGAUUUCGCUCUCAAAGCUAGCAAUCCUUCAAAACUGUUUGCCCUUUAUUCCUCUCUCGGUGAUCUCAAUGCCACGAAGCUCCAACACAAAGUCAACAGAUAUAUUGAAGAUGAAACCAGUGUAAAACAGGCAUUUUUUAUCUUCUUAGACCAAACAUCACAAGAUGGCAUCAUCCAAGUCAUAAGUGACAAGGAACUUGAUAAGGACUUUAGAUUUGUUGUGACCGAGACAGCUUUCAAGCAGUGUAUCUUUACCUCCCAAUCAGCUGAAGUGGACCCCACCCAGCUGGGCCCUGACUUGCUACGUGUCGUCUGCACAGCUGGCGUAGUAGACAACCUGUAUUGUGUGCCUGUUCACCACCCUGUACGUGGUCUAGUGCUGUUGUACUGUCUGGGUGGAUACAGCCCUGGCUUAGAGUACAACUAUAGUCUGUACGUCACUGAAUGUCUAAGGCAUUGUUUGGGGACAAUCUUGAACACUUUAGCUUAUGAAGAACAGAAAAGGCUACAUUUACGGUGCUAUUCAUUGCUGAAAGGAGCAAGAAACUUAAUAACACAUCUGGGAGAUGUAACUGACUUGUUGAGAGAGAUAAUGACGGAGGCUCGCAAGUUGACCAAUGCAGAGAGGUGUUCGUUGUUUCUGUUGGACGAACAAGGGGAUCUCGAAUCCAAGGUUUUUGAUGGCUUCAAGGCUGGGGAGCCUGUGACCGAGGUGAAGAUCAAGUCAGGCCAGGGCAUUGCUGGCCAUGUAGCUCAGUCAGGAGUCCUAGUCAACAUUAGAGAUGCAUACAAUCAUCCAUUGUUUUAUAGAGAAGUCGACAAACACACUGGUUUCCGCACAAGAAACAUUUUGUGUUUCCCCAUCGUAGACGAGUCCCGCGUCAUCGGUGUCGCAGAGCUCGUGAACAAAGUUGACGGAACACACUUUGACCAGUUUGACGAGGAAGUGGCGAUGGCGUUCAGUGUCUAUUGUGGCAUUAGCAUCAUGCACAGUUUGGUGUAUAAGAAGGUGCAGGAUGCACAGGCGCGCAGCAAACUGUCCAACGAACUCAUGAUGUACUACAUGAAGGUGAGUGAUGAAGAUGUGCAGAGGGUUUUGGACUGCAAAGUUCCCCAUGAUCUGCCCAAUUUUACCGAUUUCAAUUUUAAUCCACGCAAUAUACCCAUAAGUGAAACCCCUUGUCUUUGCCUGAAGAUGUUUGAAGACAUGGGAUUCAUCAAACAUUUCAACAUUCCUGUUCACACGUUGUUAAGGUUCAUCCUCUAUGCCCAAAGAGGGUACAGGGAUACACCUUACCACAACUGGUCUCACGCUUUUGCAGUUCUUCAUUUUGCCUUCAUUGUGAUGAAAAACUGCCGGAUCAUGGAAAGGAAACAUUUAACGCCACUAGAGGGGCUGGCGUUGUUGGUGUCUGCAAUGUGUCACGACAUUGACCACCGAGGCACAACCAACCAGUUCCAGCUACGGUCGGGCAACUCACUCGCUCGGCUCUACAGCUCUGAGGGUUCCGUUAUGGAGAGGCACCAUGUUUCACAGACAAUGUGUAUUCUCAACACUGAAGGCUGCAACAUCGUCGCUCACUUGGACGAAACAGCGUUCAAACAGUUCAUCGACCUAAUCAGCGAGAUGAUACUUGCCACAGACAUGGUGGUGCAUUUCAAAAUGUUGCCGGAAGAGAAGCAAAUGUCCGUGUCGGGAUUUGACGAGAGCCGAGACCGUCAUCGAGAGCUGCUCAGAGGCCUUAUCAUCUCUUGUGCUGACAUCAGCGAUCAGACGAAGGACUGGACCAUGUGUCGACGUGUUGCGAAGUUAAUCUACGAUGAGUUCUUCACUCAGGGUGACAUGGAGAAGGCUAUGGGGGUAGACCCCAUGGACAUGAUGGACAGGGAUAAGGCCAAAAUCCCAGAUCUCCAAGUAGAGUUCCUAUCUCAUGUAGUCAGUCCUGUCUACGAUGUGCUCGUAUCUCUCUACCCAGAGGCUAAGGCAUGCCAAGAGCAGAUAAGGCUCAACCUGGAAUGUUGGCAGAAGGCUAUUCCUUACUUCCAAGACCAGACCAGGAGUGGCAAGUCUGCCAUCGAGAUAUUAUCUGACUCUGGCUUGGACGACAUAUUACACUCGACAGAAGAGUGACAUACAGAUUAAAUUUCAGUAUUUGAAAAGUUUGAUCACAUCUUGCAUGCAGUGAGGAUUUUUUAAAAGCAGGAACUUGUGAGACGGAUACCUUAGUUAACCCUACUGGUAAGUGCUUCAUUUGAUUUUGUUUUGUUCAAACACAUUCAUAGCAUUGUAUAUGUUGUCAUAGCAGGCAGUUGUAUUAAUAGUGCAAAAAUGAUUAAAUUGUGACAAAGAAUAGAACCCAUUUGGCACUGUAAACUUAUUUUUAAGGACUUUUUGUGAGGCAGGUUAACUUGAAUGGGAAAGUACACUCUAGCACAAGAACCCCAAAACUUAGUAAUCUUAAAACUAUGUAAAAAUUAGGACAUUUCACUGUCAUUGGCAGCAAUUUGGACAGAGAGUUGUCUUCAGACGCAACCCAAUAACUGAAAAUUCUAAUUUUAGUGUAUAGUGUCCAGUUUUGGGUUUCUUGUGGUAGUGGACUAUUUCCCACUCAAGUAAAGCAGCCAUCUUCACAAAAAACCUCUUAAAUCUAGACUCUUGUGCUCUAUGUGUAACAACUAAAAUUUAUUUUGACUUUACCCUAAACCAUUGACUAUUGGACACUAAAUUAGACAUCCCAUAUAUGUGGACCAGCUGUCGCUAAAUUUUUAUUUAAAAAGAACGUAGUUGUGUGAGCCAGACACAGAAUGCGCUCGUGCCUAAAAUUCUAUUUUCUACCUUAUUUUUUCUUAACAUAGUUUAUGGGUCAUAACAGUUGCUAUAGCUCACAAAAAGUUGUUUCAUCGGUUUGACUAGGUAAAAAGUUUGUGUAUCCGACAGUAAGUUACAUCAGCACAAACUGUCGGUGGUUCCCAUAGACUACAACGACUUUGAUAAAAAACUUUUGACAACUUAAAAAUGGGGAUGGAAUGUCUAGUUUGAUCAGUAGUCAAAUCCUAACCUAACCACAUUGCAUUUUGUACCAGAU